CAUUCUUUGUUUUCUUACCCUUUGUUACCCCCUUCUCUACUUUCCCUGAGUUCUGAACUUCGUUCUUUGCACAAACCUUUUCGCGAUGUCGAAUGAUUAGAGCUGUGACUACUACUCAACGCUCAAGGUCGCAACAUGAUAGCACCUUUUGUUGCAUCUAGGAAAAGAUCGUAUAGCAGGCUGCGCAAAGUUGUCAUUACCACUACCACAUCUCAAUCGCCCGAUAUAAGCUCUACUGGAGGUAGUGUUCCACAGGAACACUUGAAUAUGGAAAAUUCUGCACCAUCGUCGGAGAAGAACAAGACAAAUCCGCCACUGGAUAAAUCCUACAAGAAAGUUCCGCAACAGGAUCGGUGGAAUCUGGAAAUUACGCCGCUAGAUCCAAACUUCGUGUUGAUGGAACGAUACUUCAAUAGGCAACUCAGAGACCAACACCAGGAUGUGACUCAGAUCCUUGAAGAUCAUUUUGAGGCAUCAGAGAUUGAGCAAUUCGUUCCAACGCAUAAGGAGCCGUUGUCACAGUGGCAAGAGGACAACAAGAGCCAGUUCCUAAAGCUUUUAUCAACCAGCUUCAAAGACAAGAUUCCGUCACUUCCCUUCGCGCCCAUGAAGAGGGCACCCUUAGAAAGCCAGCCUCCCACCGAUCUGUCAGCUCGUGAGCACGAAAUGCAGGAAGAUCGUUACGACCCUUUGUCAUUUUUAGAUGAGUACGCCCCACAAAGGACCACUCAGAAUGAAGAUGGCCCCCAAGCAAUUGAUGAUUCUCUAGGCCUUCGUGGUGGAGCCCUAGACGAAAAUGGGACUGAAAUGCUGCUUUCAGAUAUUGAUGAGGAAGAAUCAUCAAUUCAAUGGGAAGCACAUGCUAACAGUCAACUCACCACCAUGCCCCGAGGUGGUGUAUUAUCAUAUGAUGAGCUGCCUGAGCAUGCUCAUUUGAUCGCCGAUGAGCUGCAAAACGAUACAUUAGCACACAAGACUUCCGUCCACCUUUACGGUCGUCAGGGAUUCACCGGGACUGGUCCAAGUUGGGCCGAUUUUGUUCGAGCAGUCACCUGGCUUCUCGGCAAAGAGACUGAAUUGCAAAGCAACCCACAUGCGGAGGUGAACCUGGCUAUAGAUUUGUUUGAGGAGAAGUUUGGCGGUAAACCAUCACAUCUGCUAAGUCAGGAGGGAACGUUUUACCUGGACCCGGAAAGAUAUAACCAACAUCCAGACAAUGAGCUGCUUGACUUUGUAACGAAGGAAAUGAAUCUCCUGCACAAAACAACAGCAGACCGCUUCUGCUUUGUGCGUUUAGCUCGGGACAAACGACCAACAACUUAUCGACCUGAUGGCCACGUACCGGUAGUCCACUUACAUAGGGAUGAUAUAGCGCAGCGUCCAACUGUAUAUACUAGACUAACCUCGGCACCUACGGAUCAGAACGUACCAAGCCAAUAUUCCACCGAGUUCAAUAGAGCAGUUGCACAACUUCUGCAGACUACGUCAAGGCACCAGUAUUUGAAUCUAAGCUAUGGAAACAUCAAGAAUACUUCAUUCCAAAUUUACGCUGGUCAGGAACCGCCGCCAGACAUUCUUGACGCAUUAACAACGAAUUUUGAGGAUACAAGUAGGUUCGGUUCAAUUCAUAUCGACCUCGAACGAGUCGGACAGGACCAUAUUCCCCUGCUAACUGAGAGGCGAAUUGACGGAGCUGUGGAUGACACUGGCAUGGCCCUACUCCUAGAUAAGUGUAUGAUAACUCAGUUUCAUCAUAUUGCUCAAGCGAUUUGUACAUACUGUAUUGAUGGACGAUACACGGCGAGCACAGUCAAAUCUGCGGAGCUGUAUCUUCCAUAUUGGGGUUUCCUGGACCAAACCGUCGAUCCAGUCGUGUGCCAUUUUGAGAAUGGGUUCCCUGUGUCUAACGAUGGCCAAUGGAUAAGCCGAGUAAAUCGAUUCAAAUCCGAGAAGAAUGGAGAUGUGUUCAACAACGGCUUUGCUGUAUGGGGUCGGGCCGUCUACAGCGAGUACGUCUUAGAAGUCAACGAUGUUGACACGGCAAAACACCCAAGUCAUACUAUGAAGAACCUACUCGACUUGGAUCUAGCAUCUUUCAAGCUCACAAUCUCAACCCACCUCCUUCCCAACAAAUAUGAUACUUAUGAUCGAAAUAUGACUUUGAGGUUGUUCACGGGCGACGAAGACACAUUCUAUUAUGUGAUUCGCUUCGAAACAACUGAGCAAGAAUGGUGUCGCAUCAGGAGAAGCAUUGCUUCCAGCAAAGUUCGCGUCGAAAUGCCCAUUAAUAACGACUUUAAGUAUAGCUACGAGGAAGAGACUCGAUGGGAUGUUGAUCCUGAUUCCUACUGGGGACCAUGCUACGACAACCUGCAUGGCCAUAAUCAUGUAACAGCAGUCGAGAGUGUCCAGACUGGCAAAAUUUUACCAAUAUCUGCAUAUGUCCCUAAGGUGGCCAAAGAACGAAGCGCAAGUGGAACGACCGCCACGGCUAUGCGCGAACAGGCUUUAUGGAAAACACCCUCAACAUUUGCGAAUCCGUUCAGGCCCACGAUUCCUGUGAAUGCUCCGCCAAAAGAACCGAUGCUUCGAGUCGGGCCCCGUGUCCCGGCAAUCACUAUGGGUCUUAGAACACCAAAUGAGAUGGCAAACAUUGAAGAUGAGGUACACAAGCUCCGCGGUUUGAUCCUACGACGCACGAGAGAUUGUCCUUACGAAGAUUGCGGCAGUGUAUUCGAAUAUGACGACUGCGCCACCCUUGAUCUGCAUCUCAGAGAAGAACAUACUAAAUUACGAUGUCCUUUCUGUCAUAUUAAAGGUGAUCAUAGCCAAGCGACAGAAGGAGCUCUGUACGCCAUAGAUCAAACGUCUGCCCUAAAGCACUUAUAUCAGGAACACGGAGAGGAUAUUAUCAAUCAACCCGAUGUCGCCGCAGCCAACGUCGGCAGCAAUUUCAUUCCUAAAGUCGUUCGAGAUAACACUGACCGCAAUGAGAUUGUUGCUGGUUAUAAACACUGUGAUCGAUGCGGCCGGGAUAACACUGCAUGUCACGGCACAGAGGAUCGUGAGAAUCAUGCUGAAAAACGUCUCAAUGGUGUGAGCCCGGAUAAGCGGAUAUAUUAUUGCGUUUGUUGUGCCACGGCGUACUAUGAAAACACUACCGGCUGCGAGAAUGUAGAAUGCAUUGGAAAGACGGGUACCGUUGACACACCACCAGAUAUUUGCUGUAGAAACUGUGGCCUGUUGUGGUCUGGCCUCGCCAAAGACCACAUCCAACAGCACAAAGUUGUCUGCAAACCGCUGGGUGGCAACGAAGGAGACUUCUGUUCAUUCUGCGGCACAAGAACAGCAGGUAUGGAUCACAUGCAGAGGGCCUCCCAUGCAGAACACUGCCAACAGCGGCCGCGACCUAACAAACGGAAUUGUCCGCACACUAAUUGUGGACAGCAGCUCCGGACACCAGUGGAGGUCGUGAGACAUCUAAAGCACGCGAAGGAUCACGACUCUACACGAUGUCUCUGGUGUGAGCAAGACUUCCCGGCUGAAGACCAUCCCUGGACUGACCAAGUCAAAGCGCAACACUUUGCAGGUCAUAUGGGCGCUCACGCACAGAUUCCCGGGCUCAGCACGGCUGACGUCGUCGAUGUUGAGGAGUUGAAGUGUCCAGGAUUCGUGGACUGUGGCGUUGUUGUGAGCCACAUGACUGAUGAUCAAUUCGUGCAGCAUUUCCUUCAAGCCCAUAACAACAUGUUCCAAUUCCACUACCCCAACGGGCAACUCAUCCCCAAGACUGAGAUUUCCAAGAUCAGUUCUACGCGAAUGUCUCAGAGAGCCACAAGCUCAAGUCCGUCUUACCCAAGUCGGGGUGACUUACGAGCACCGGGUUCCAACAAGGGAAGAAGAAAGGAACCUACGGGGUCAACUCAGGCACGAGAUACGUUGCGAACAGGGAGGACACCCAAAGAUAUGGGCUCGGCAUCAAGUUUCGAUUCACGGCUCAACAACUUAAGCAAUAUAAAGCCCGUGGAGAUACCUAGCGAUGAGGAUCAUGAUACGGGGGAUGGCUUGGGUGACGUCCCCGUGGGAGGCUCAGGUAGCAAAGGCAAGUCGAAGCAUCGCAGCUUUGGUGCUACCAGUCCAACCUUUCGCAGGCUAAGUUUUAAAAAUGAGCCGGAAGGGGAAGUCGAAGAUCAGGCUGAUCAGAAGGAUGGCGUGCCUGAGAAUUUCUCAAUGUUACAGCUCGGCAUGACGGCUCUUCCUCCCGCCUUAAAAUCGCCAACAGAGCCAAACUUCUCCCUGAAGAGAUCUCGAACGCUUAGUAGGGACUCUAUCGCCGGCUCUAAAGUCAAUGUGCCUCUGCCAAAGAGAUUCAAAAAAUAUCAUUCAACCAGCCAAGAGUCAAUACCCACUAUGAGUAUGGCAGGUGUAGACAAUUCAAAAGGCAAGGUCAGGGCCACCCCCAAACCCCGGGCCAAUAGGGCUCCGACACCUACUUCCGAACCUGCCCCGCCGGCAACCCCUAAUGUGACCAAUAUUACCCGCAAGAGUGCUCGAUCCCCGAAGCCGAUCAAGCGUCUGGCAUACGAUGGCUGCGAGGAAGGGGAGAGUGAUGAGGAAGAGGCCGGUGAUGGCGCCACCGUGGCCAAGCCUGUCAAGACCCGUGCUAAGGCGGCAGUAAAAGUUCCAGCGAAAGUCCCAACAAAGGCCGCAGUCAAGACGCCUGCAAAGACUCCGGCCAAGAGGGGACGUAAGAAGGCCAGCCAGGAUAUUGAGACCUUGCCAUCCAUGAAAAUUGUUCCUGUAGUUGACAAUAAUGCAACAACAACGCGACAGCCGAGGUUCAAGUAG